CCUGUUAAAUUACAUGUUACUACUGAGCGCAGAGGGACCGUUAUUCAUAAAGGAGAAAAGUUGGGGAAUAGAGUACUAAUAUGAAAUACGAAUCAAACGUAUCCAUACUUCUUUUAUUAAUCGUUUUCAACGCACCGGCAUGCAUAUCGUACCUUUGUGAGAGAUAUUCUCGGCAAUCGUGCCAUGAAGAUUGCAAAUGGAAUGAGAGACACCGGAGAUGUAUGGACUGUGAAGCUGGUUACUAUGGAUACAAUUGCUCACAGCUUUGUAGAUAUCCAAACUUUGGGGAGAGUUGUCAACAGUCGUGUUCAGAUUGUGCCGAGGAUUUGUGCGACACAGCUCAUGGGUGUCAGACAACUGUUCUUCCAUCAAUUCAACAAACCUCUACGUUAGCGGUGGUGUAUAGAAAUGGUAUCAGCCAUACCGCAUCUUUCGAACUCGAUCCUGUUAUCAUUGGAAUAGUAACAUCAUCAGGUAUCCUUCUGGUGUGCAUCAUUUUUGCCUAUGUUACCAUCGUCAACAGAAGACGGUUUAUCAGAAACAUACGGAUGAGGAAACCUAUCCUUAAUUUCGCCACAACGGAAGUCACUUCUGAAAAUUAUAACAACGAGUCCACAUCACAUCACUCAACAUAUCAAUAGAGUUAAUGUUUUUUCAACAUUCUAGCUGAAAGUUUGAAAUAUGCAUAAUCGCCAACAUACAGCAUUUCUACAAAUAGAUAUGAAUCUGUACUUCAAGGUCACAGUAAAUGAAUAUGAAUUUUACAACUGCUAUAUCUUUUGUUGUUGAAUGCAUUCAAAACUGUUUUGUUUGAUGGUUUUAUUUGUAGUUUUAUGUCUCAUUCGACACUUUUAAAGAGAAUUAUGUUAUUAUAUCAAAUCAGGUCCGCCAUUUCUGUUUUUUUUCAUAUUAUAUGAUAUUUUUAAGUAGUGUUGAUACCUGUAGUGUUCUAAAUCAUUAUCACGUCAUGAAACGUUACAUUCUUUAAAUUACCAUGUCCUCAAAUUAACUAUCGAUAUUUUGUGUGUUAUAUCAACGCGGCCAAUGUAUGAUGAUUCGACAUAUCCCAGUGAACUCGUAAUAAGAAAUCACAGAGUCCUACACAUCUGCUUCAUACUUAGAUAUGUUAUUGAAAGUAAAUACUAACGGCAAACUAACAAUGCAACUUCAGCAAACAAGAUGAUUUCAACUUCUCCAUCAUCAACUUCCCAUAUCUAUGUAGCAAUAUUCCAUUAUCAUCUGCAUAUGGUGUUUUUAUCUCUCAACUGAUUCGAUACGCAUG